GCCGGACCUACCUCAAUGUUUAUCUGCCUUGUGCCCGCACACAAGCAGCAAAAUAGAAUAGAAGAAGCGACGGAAGGGGCCAAAAGGCCAGCUGGAGCUGGGAGACAACAACCCCAUUUUAUUUUCACCCUGUUCCUCUUGUCAUUUCGGCGUCUGAAUCAUCAUCGCCACGAGAGCGUCCCUCGUUGUCUUCAAAUGGAGACAAUGGUGAACGGCGUGGUCGGCACCAGCCCCAUGAUCGUGAACGGAGGCGACGGUACCGCCCUGAACGGAGGAGGCGGCGGCGGAGGCAGCCAGGGCGACUCGUCGGGUCGCUCGACCCCGAGCGGGGGCAGCUCGAGCGAGCCGGCCCCCGGCAAGCUGUUCGUCGGCGGGCUCAGCUGGCAGACGUCGGCCGAGAAGCUGCGCGAGUAUUUCGGCCAGUUCGGCAAGGUGACCGACGUGCUGGUCAUGAAGGACCCCGUCACCCAGCGGAGCCGCGGCUUCGGUUUCAUCACAUUCAGUGAGCCCUCGACGGUGCAAAAGGUUCUCAAGGAGCCCGAGCACAACCUGGACGGAAAGAAAAUCGACCCCAAACACGCGACGCCCAAGAGCAAGGGUGGACGGCCCAACAAGACGAAGAAGAUUUUCGUGGGCGGCGUGAGUCAGGAGACGUCCGCAGAGGAGGUCAAAGCCUACUUCAGUCAGUACGGCAAGGUGGAGGAGGCGGUCAUGCUGAUGGAUCAGCAAACCAAGAGACACCGCGGCUUCGGCUUCGUCACGUUCGAGUGCGAGGAAGUGGUGGACCGCGUGUGUGACAUUCACUUCCACACGAUCAAAAACAAAAAGGUGGAGUGCAAGAAGGCCCAGCCGAAGGAGGCUGCCGCCGCAGCCGCGGCCGCAGCAGCCGUGGCCGCCGCACCCCUGGUGAUCCCGACGGGCGCAGGCCUGACCUCAGUUGGCGCCGGCCUGCAGGCCCCUGUCGCAGCUGCAUUCAAGCGUGCCCAGGUGCUUACCGCCACACAGUUCCAGCAGCAGCAAGCAGCGCAGGUUCAGGCAGCUAUGGCAGCGGCCGCGUACAACAAGUUCCUGGGCCCAGCCUAUCACCUGGGCUACCACCACCGGUAUGCCCCGUACCCGCUGCCUGUGGCCUCGAUCGCGGCCGCCGCCGCGGCCCAGCAGUCGCCGACACCGCCGGCAGCCGCCCUGGCGCCCAACCCAGCCCAGGUGCAGCAGUCACAGCAGCAGGCGGCCGCAGCGGCCGCGGCCGCCGGCAACCCGUAUCAGGGCUACUCGCUGACCAACGUGGACAUGUCGAGCUUCCAGGGCGUCGACUGGGGCUCCAUGUACGGCAUGGGCAUGUACGUGUAGACUGAAGCGUUGCUCACCCACUCUGCAGUUAUGUCUGUGUAACAAAUUCUCGCAAUCUCAAUUCUCUCUCUCACACACACAUACAAACAUACACCCCCGAGGCACCAAAAAAUAAACUCAUUUGUUUCUCAUGAAACCGCGAGACUGAUCGGAAAGUGAGACAAACAUAAACCGCGCGCGCAGAGAUGUUAAUUUUUGUACAACACCAAAGUGGAACUUUAGUAUAAUGUGUGUGCUUCUCUAAAGGAGGCAACACGAGCGGAUAGACUCGUUGAAAAGAAAACGCGUACCGCUUGAGAUGCAAUUUAUUUAUUUUUUGAAAGCUGGAGCAAUUUGUUUGUGCCUUGGUUUUUUCCAGAAAACCAACCAGCUCGCUUCUAUUCCUAGCAUAGUUGUGCUUUGAUUCUAAAUCUGAUCCGUUUUCUUUUUCGCCUCGCGCUUGCAUCUCAAGCGCGUUCUGCGUCAAGAUCUUUGUAAAGUAUUUUGCGAAGUUGUGGCUUCGAUCAAUAAACCUGACCUGGACUCGAUACUCAAACGUAACGUUUAAAGCAGUUGAAUUGCUCAAAAUCCUUGAAUCACGACUUUGCAAAAUAUUGAACGCAAUACUCACUCUCGGCUCUCUCACAUGAAGUUGACGCGAAAAGUGAAACGAAGGCGGCUUGUUCGUUUAAAUAUGAAUUGAAAACAAAAAAUGAUGUCUAGUGUUUUAAGGAAAGUGAAGUGUGAAGGCCGGGGAGGCCGACCGACGAACAUUUUGACCACACUUGCUCACCGACCGGCGAUUCCUCAAGCGUUCCACUGCUUUUGUACAUAUAAUAGGACUGCGGAGCGCCGGGGCGGCUCUUUUGGCUCGCUCCCCUGUACAUACAUGUGCUAAUGAGAUUACCGAAUUUUACGAAUAGCCAGCGGCGGGCCUCCCCUGGGGCUGGAGAGUCGCGCUAACAAGGUGUCUCGGGCGGGCAGCUAACAUGAUUUGAAAUGAAAAAUAAGAGGCGAUUGAGAAUCGCCGCAAAGGACCACGAAACAAACUCACUUGUCACUCAGAGGGCCAAAUUAGCUAGCAAUAACCUAGGCUAGGUCCUAGCGCGAUCUCUUCGAUUGAAUACAUAAUAAUUGUAAAUGAACGUGUUUUCCUCCACCGCUCUAGUCCGACGAUUGCCAACCACCCCCCUGUUCACCCCCGCCCUUCGACAAAACACUACACGCCACCACAUUCCUAGCUCAUCGCUCGGAGGAGUUGCAGUGCAGAUCAGCUGACUGCUCGUGAUGCGACAUGACCAACGAUCAUUACUAGCAUUGUAAUUGUAAAGUUUUAAAUGAAUAGAGAGCGAUUAACUCGUCUAAUGUGUAAGAUCAACUAAUUUAUUUAUUACGCUAGCACGUAAGGACUUAUCAUAUAAGUAAAAAAAACAAGCAGUCGAAGGAGGAGGAGGAGUUGGAGGCAUUUUUGCCGAGAAAAGUGGGUCGUCUGCUCUCGCGGCUCGGCUCUGGUGGACCCCUAGUAGAACUCUCAGCACUCAGGACCUUUGGCUUUGCUUCCGCCGGUGCCCGAGCCGACGACGCCGGCGACCCUUUUGUGUGCUUUUCUCGACCACCUGUCUGUAUAAAUAGCCUUUAAGUGUGGAACGAGUCUCCCAUUUUACCUACUCAAGUUGCAUAAAAACAAGUCGAGUUUCAGCAGCACCGCCGCUAGGGUACUUAAAACUGACUCGAAUAAGCUGAGAUAGCAAGAAAACAAUAACGAACAACACUAGCAAUAACCACUCGAUUGAUUGAUUGAUUGAUACUUAACCGCAAAAUACUCUUAGCGCUAGCAGGAUGACGAAAAAUACUUAAUUACGAAAAUAAUGAUGAUGAUGUUAUAUAUUAUUAUACACGCGAGAGGAAGCUAAGAAAACAAACAAACAAACACACACACACACUCAUGCAUAUGACGAUGAUAUAUUGAAUAUUGAAAUCUAUAUAUAUUUACAUGAUGCAAAAAAUGGUUGAUUGUCAAGAAGAGAGUGAGAGAGCAAAAAAAGAACAUUAUGAUAAAAAUAAUAAAAUCUGUCUCGAGAUGAAACAAAAAGAAGAAGAAGAAUUAAUGAUAGAGUAUAUUAUACAUUACGAACCCUCUAUUUUUGUAAGUCGCCAUUCUAAAUUAUACAAAGUGACUACAAAACUGACAAAGCAAACAAAACAAAAUUAAUAUCACAACAAUAAUAAUGAAAAACAAACGACUGUGGUUUGAUUAUUUUGUAUGUACAUCUUUCCUUUGAGCAAUACAGGGACGAGGGUCCCGUGCCUUGGGCCAACUCCCGCCCGAAAACUCACCACUGUACUUAAUAUCUCUUUCUCGCACUGUAUGUCGGCUGAACUAGCUGUGUACUCGAUUGGUUACACUUUCCUACGUUGUGCUCUCUUUCCAUUUUGCUUUUUUGUUUCUGCAAUCUCUCUUAUCUACAUAAUAUGUCUGUCUGAUCGAUUGGUCGAUCGAUUGAGCCGAGAAGCGAAGCAAAUUGUACCAAAGUCAGUGUCGCACCCGUUUAGUUGAUUAUUGCAUGCCUCGAGUAGUGCGUCGAGAGCGGUUUUAUCUCGGCGCGUUUGUCGAAAUUUUGGAGAACAAAGAGCAAAUAAAAAGCGGCGGCAGCAGGCGCGCGCGCGCGGCGGUGACACGAGGCGAUGCAUACUUUCGCCGCGUCGUCCCCCGCGCCGCCCCUUGGCCGGCCGCACUUUUACAUACUCAUUAAACGAAUGCAUACAAGUAUUAUUACCAGUUAGCAUCAUAGUAUAUAUAUUUACUCACACGAGAGACUAAAAUUAACUAACGAGCAAAAAACAGAGGGUUUAACUAUCGCAUUAUUGUAUCAAGCAGCAGUGUCAUUGUUGUUGUGGUAUUGUUGUGUACUCUGUUAGCGUACCACGUGCCUCCCUCGUUGGCCGGGGGCCCACUGGGCCCGCCCCACGCUCCGCACGUGCCCCCAUUGGACCAAAAAUAAAAUUCACUGGCGAAAGUGAUCUUUUUGAUUUCUCCAGAUACAUUUUUUCACGCGUAGCAUUGUGCCAUUGAAAAGAAACAUGAUCUCGCAGCUGAGUGGCAGCUCGAAAUAAUAAAUCGCAAGGAAUCGAAAUUUUUGCUGUGAUUCUUGCCUCGAAGCAGUGAUAUCGAGGAGAAUUAAAAAUAUUUAAUAAUCCGAAGCCGGCCACUCUGCUGAUUAAAAAAAGCAAAUUUGCGGUCGGAGCGAGCGUGGGUCGGGGCUGCGGCCCCCGCGUUGGACUUCCUUGCUUGCGCGUGCCGGGCCGUUGGAGGCCCGGAGCGUGCCUCCUGACUUUUGAUUUGUGCAGAGACCCCAGGCGCCCGGCGUCCCCUGGCGGCCCGCCCCUUGCUCACUUGUCGACCGCGGGCCGCCGGUGGGGCCGGGCCCUUGUGGGCCGCCGGCAAUAACCGAAAACAAUUACUCGUAGUGGACGUUGCACUGUAGAUUGAUUGCAAUACUCAAUAAAAAUAAAGUAGAUGCGUUCUUUUCUUAUAUAUCAGCGUAGUUUCGUUUUGUACUUUUCAUCUCUGGUUGGUUGACUGAUUGGUUGGUUGGUUGAUUAACAAACUCAUUAAUAUUAUCUCGAUUGUAUGUUUUUUUUAUUAUUACUAUGGAGACGAUUUGCGUAUCACAUUUUGGACUCAUUGUGCAGACCUUGAACGUACGGUUGGCGCCGUAAACUCAUCUCCAUCAUGGUCACCGUAGCAGAAUUGGAUUUGGAAUUACCAUAAUUAAUUAUCUAGUAGUAGGUCCGCCUUGCAUGAUUAACAUUAACACUUUAGUUUUAUAAUUUCGACUCUUUUGACUUUAAUUUUGGUGCAGCCGUUGUUGAGUAUCUAAAUAUACUUUUGGAAGUUGUCUCAUCUUGUUGUUUGGCAAAGCGGCCGCGGCUAAUUUGGUGUCUGUUGGCCACUUUUUCUCAUUAUCUCGAUGUGCAUUUUGACGCUUUCGUUCGUGGCUCGUUAAUUGAAACCGCGCAGCAGAGCGCUUUUGCGGCCUCUCAUUGAUUUUGGAUCGUCAAAUUACAAUACAUGGCCUAUAUAUUGCACCCCGUUUUGAGCAGAGCAGUUGCAAAGCAAUCAGCCUUUUUGGACAAAUAGCCUCUUCACGUCAAGUACAUUUUUAUUCGCAAGUAGGCUCAAAAUCAACUUUCUUUCUCGACCCCCAGAGGCCUUGCGAAUUAGCGAACAGGAAUUUUGACGUCGCUGUUAGUUAACGAUUUUAGUGGGCUUACACUUCAAAUAAUAUCAGCUCAGGCAUAUCACUUUGCAAUAUUUCCUCUAUAAACUUUUUGGACAUUCGAAUUAAAACAGAAAUCAAGCAUUCAAAGAGUCACGAGAGUUCCGAUCAAAGUUUAUUCGGCUGAUUAGCAGCUUUUCGUGUCCUAGGUAGAGAGCAUGCCGCCGAGAGUAAUGAAAUAGCCUUGACUGUCGGAGGUGGGUAUUCAUUGUUGUCGAUCUGAUUGUUGUCGGUGUGUCAGUUUUAGGUGCCCUCUAUAAACCGCAGCUUUUAACACGCAAACCGACUUACACACAAACGCGGAAACGAAGUAGAGCCAAUGUAUCAACAGGAAAUAAAAUAAAAUGUGUUCAGUAUCACGAUUUUGGCGGAAAAAGCGAAGAUGGGUGAAAUUUUUCGAAUGCCAGGGCGAAGGGACUUGAUGUAAAUUGAAAAAAAAAAGAAGGAAGCCCGUCGCCCUGGCCAAGGUGGGUCUUCCUCUCAUGACAAUAGCAAAAGCAGUGCUGGACUGAGACCAACAACUCGAGUUUGUAUAGCCUCUGUGAUAAAUAAAAACCAAUAAAUAAACUCACUCGACUCACUUGAAAAGCAA